AUGCAGAAGCUAUUUCUUCUUGCAGGGCUCUUUCUGAGCAUUGCUUGGUUGGGAGCUACCGAACGACUGGUCUGUCUCUACAACAGCAUCUCUGACCAACGACGGGGAAUUGGACAUUUCGAGAUCGGCGACAUUAAGCCAUUCCUGUGUACCCAUAUCAUCUAUAGUUUUGUCGGCAUUGAUUCCAAAUGGGGCAUUUCAGUUGGCUCUAGUGACAAAAUUAAGUUUCCGCUCUUCAAGGACUUGAAGAAAAGCAAACCUGUUUGGUUUAACAGGGAUCCAGCAAUGAAAACCCUUUUGGAGGUCAACUUGAUUUCAAGUCCGUUUGUCCAAGAAAUGCUAAGCAUGCAAGGAAAUAGGAGGGUUUUUAUCAAUUCUGCACUCUCCCUUCUGAGAAAUCCUGACUACACGUUUGAUGGUAUAAACCUCUUGUGGCUGGAAUCAAGGCAAAGGGGGGACAAGAAACUUUUCACAAAUCUCAUCCAGGAAUUCCGGCGCGCCAUAAAUUUGGAGGCGGCCAAGAGGGGUUAUGAAAAGUUACUGCUCACUGCAAGUGUGUCUGCUCAGCCAUUGGUCAUUAGUCGGAGUUAUGAGGUCAAACUGAUUGCAGAGCACAUCGACUUUUUCAAUGUAAUGACGUCUGAUGUUGAAAUUCCCUUUGUGAAGGGCAAACCAUCAUUCUACACUACAGGUGACUCAUUCAGCAAGGCGGCUUCUGCAGUCAACUUCUGGAAUAAACAGGGAGUGCCUACCCAAAAAAUUAACAUGGGGAUUGGAGUAUUUGGAGAAGCUUUUACUAUUAACAGUCUGGGCAUUGUUAAUCCUGCAGGGGGCAAUGUGCCUGAUAUACCAGAAGGAUUCUUAGCCCGUUAUGAGGUUUGCUCUUUCCUGCAAGGACUACUGAUGGCUGCAUCAGAUAAACAGGUUGUCUUUGAUGACAUAGCUUCCAUUGAUGCAAAGGCAAGUUACAUUAAACAACACAAAUAUGGAGGAGCGUUUGUCAUGUCCCUAGACUUGGAUGACUUCAAUCAACAGUGCUGUAGUCAUCCUUCUAAAUAUCCUGUCAUUCAACAUCUGCAUGAUGAGCUCGUACUGAAAUUUGUGAUUGGGUAG